UUCCAUCACCCUUCUCUCUCUCUCUCUCUCUAUCUCUAUGCUCAUCUGAUGACGCGCACCCACAAAAAUCUCCCCCCCUUUUCUCUCUCUCUCUCUCUCUCUAAAAAUCUAGGGUUUCCUUCGAGAGGAAUCAUUUCUCCGAUUGCACCCGACCCCAUCUCCCCCUGAUUCAUCCAAUUUCGAGCCCUAAUCGCGAUUGCCGCUUCGGCGUCGAGAAUUCUCGGGGAUUGCCAUUGGUGCGGGAUUUAGCGAUUUCGGUGCUUUCGUCUCUUUCCUUCUUCUGCAAGUUUCCAUUUUUUUUAUUUUUUAUUUUUAUUUUUGGGGGGCGACAGUGGCUUGCGCUUGCGUAUCCGUUCCGGUAGGUGCGUGAUCGUCGAGAAACGUUACCUCUCGUUCGAUCUGUUGAAGAUUUUGUUUCCUCCCGUGUUGGCGAUUUGAGGCUGUGGCGUUCGGUUUGAAGUCGAGUUGAUGGCUACGGAGAGGGAGGAUGAGGUUGAUUACGAGAGCGAUCCCGAGGAGACGAAGCAGUCGCUGGCGAUGCGGAGGCGGAGAGCCGCGAGCGACGACGAGGAGAGCGAAAAGGAAGAGGAGGCGCCGGAAUCUCGAAUGGGUCGGAUUCGCUCCGAGGAUUCCGACAGCGAGGGCGGGGCCGCCGAUUAUGACGACGAAGAGGGCGAGUUAGAGGAGGAGGAGGAGUUGGACGGAGAGGAGGAAGAGGAGGAAGGCCAUUAUGAGGAUGCGGAGGAAGCGGUUGAUGAGGAGGAAGUGAAUGGGAGGCGUGUUGGGGAAGUGGAGAGGAAUGACGGCGUCGACAUGGGGCAUGAGGAGGAGAAAGAGGCGGUCGCUCGAGAUGCCGGGGGUGAGGGUCAGGUAGCCGUGGAUGAGUCUCUGGGCGAGUGGGGGGAGGACCAGGCAGAAGAUCAGGUGGAGAAGAAGGAGAACGAGCCUUUUGCGGUACCCACUGCUGGGGCCUUUUACAUGCACGAUGAUCGAUUUCGGGACAAUGCAGGUGGCCGCAACAGGCGGACUUUUGGUGGUAGGAAGCUGUGGGAAUCAAAGGAUGAGAGGAAGUGGGGCCAUGACAAGUUUGAAGAGAUGACCAUACAAGACAGGCGCUUUGAUGAGAGAAGGAGGACUCCCAGAGGUAAUUAUCGAGGUCGUGGUAGAAACCGGGGUGCUGACCGUGGGUAUGGUAGAGGGAACAGAGCAAGAGCUUUUGAUAACAAUAGUCCAGCUGGCACAGGUAAUAACAGUGGCAAUCAAAGCCAAGUACCUAGAGGCGUGAGAGGGAGAGGGCCUAGAAGAUAUGAAAGUUCUCUCAAGAAGAGCAAUCAUGCACCUUCAAAUUAUAACAAACAAUACAAGAAGGCUCAUGAAGAAGCUUCACAAGAUAACUCGGGGCAAGUGUUUACAUCCACUUUGAAUACAGAAGUUGAUGCAGCUCCUGCGAAAAAACAUAUUGCUUCGAGUUUGAAUUAUGCUUCUCCACCUUUUUAUCCUUCCAGCUCUUCUAGUAAGGAUAUUGCUUCAACACAGAAAAAGGAUGUGCAAGUUGGAAAUCUUAAUAGGAACAAUCGUGGUUCUGUGGUGGAUGACAAUUUUUCUGGGCGUCCUUCUAGUGCAUUGUUGCGAGGAAAGAACAUAGCUAAUUCAGUUGGCAUAGAUAAGCUCUCCAUCGAUGAUUCUGUCAUUACUUCUGCUGCGAAACCUUUGGCCUCUUUGCAUGUUGCUCCUACUGGUUCAUCUGUCAACACUUCUCAGUCUUUUCAGACUAAGGCUCAAGGAAGGGCGAUGGCUCCCCCCGCAGGACGGAUGCCUUAUCAAAAUAACCCUUCCCAGGGCCAAAGCAAUAGAUUAUUGCCACAAGUGCAGGUCCAUGCUGGUCAGAGAAGUGCUGCCCCAAAUAGAGUUCAAACUUCCUCUCAAGUGCCAGGACAGCGUCCUGGUAGUGGAUCUCAAGCUUCAUCUCCGCCUAAAACAGCUGCUUCCGUAAAUUCAUAUGAAACUGCAGAGAUGGAAUCUGCUUCUGAACCGAACAAGUCAGCUGGGGCUUUGGUUGGAAAGGGAAAAGGCAGUGUUCAAGGAGGUGGGAGGGGCUCUUUUGUUUAUAGUGGUGCUCAUGUCAUGGGGGCUGGUGGGAAUAUGGGCGUUGGUCAUGGUGACCAAAACUUCCCUGGUACUCCAGCAUUUUUACCUGUUAUGCAAUUUGGUGGUCAGCAUCCUGGAGUCCCAGCUGUCGGCAUGGCAUUUCCGGGAUAUGUUGCCCAGCCCCAACUUGGUCUGGGGGGAAAUUCUGAGAUGACAUGGUUACCUGUACUCGCGGGUGCCGCAGGAGCUUUAGGGGCUACAUAUUGUUCACCAUACCUUGCUGUUGAUGGUGCUUAUCAUGCUCCUUCAGGGCAGACAACUUCAAUGGGCACGGCAAGCAAGGAAGGUCAGCCAAACAAACCGAACUCUGAAUGGAAGCCCUCUCAGAAACCUGAACUUGUAAGUGAGGAACAUGGACAGCGACAAAAUAAACCUCGUAGAUACUCAGAGAUGAAUUUCGGCCAGUGAAGCAUCAAUAAUGUGCAGACUGAGUUAGCAAGUUUAAGGCCGCCUCUUAGGCCCUUGUGAUUUCCAGCUUUUGGUCUGGUGCACUUUGGGCCAACAAAUGUCCCGAGAUAGGUUAGGUUAUGUGGCAAAUACCUGGUCAUGCUGCAGUCAAGUUGAGAACCGUAUUGUAGCUUGACGGGUGGUAGUUUCUUGUUUAAUGUAAGGUGUUCUGUUACUCGUCGGAUUUACCUGUGGUUUGAUUUCUAAAACAAGCCUGUGAGAGAGAGAUAUGGUGACAGGCUUUUCCAGAGAGCUAAUAAGAAAAUGAAAAAAGAAGAAUCGAUGUGCUGCAGCAGCUGUUAUGAGACAUGAAGUUGAUAACUAUCGUGUGGUUACGUUCUGUGUCCGUGACAUUUGCAUCUUUGUGAUGCCCUGUUUUCUGGUUUGGUUAAUGCAUGGUUUUUACUUAUAUUCUGAAGAACAUUCUUCCGGGACAUGACUUGGCUCUAGUAGCACGAUCCAAGUAUAACGACUUUAUUGAGUGGGUCAAUGAUUCUUUUCCAUAAACUAUCUGUACCAUCUAUUUUCAAACUUCAAUAGGCAUUGGAAGCAUGUCUGCUAUUACAUAUA